AGGGAACUAGGGCGGAAGGGGAACAGGACCAGGCUUGUGUUCGGUACCUCGGCGAGGCUGGGGUUCCGAUGUGGUCCCCGGAGCGGGAGGCCGAGGCCCUGGCCGGGAGAGACCCGGCAGGCCUGCUGCCCCCCGAGUGGGAGGAGGAUGAGGAGCGCAUGUCCUUCCUGUUCUCCGCCUUCAAAAGGAGUCGCGAGGUGAACAGCACCGACUGGGACAGCAAGAUGGGCUUCUGGGCGCCGCUGGUGCUGAGCCACAGCCGCCGCCAGGGGGUGGUGCGCCUGCGUCUGCGGGACUUGCAGGAGGCCUUUCAGCGCAAGGGCAGCGUCCCGCUGGGGCUGGCCACCGUGCUGCAGGACCUGCUACGUCGAGGGGAGCUGCAGCGGGAGUCAGACUUCAUGGCCAGUGUAGACAGCAGCUGGAUCUCCUGGGGGGUUGGCGUCUUCCUGCUGAAGCCCCUCAAGUGGACUCUUUCCAACAUGCUGGGGGAUAAUAAGGUUCCCGCAGAAGAGGUGCUCGUAGCUGUGGAGCUGCUUAAGGAGAAGGCUGAGGAGGUGUACCGUCUGUACCAGAACUCCCCUCUGUCCUCCCACCCUGUGGUGGCCCUGUCGGAGCUGAGCACCCUCUGCGCGGGCUCCUGUCCGGACGAGAGGACCUUCUACCUGGUGUUACUGCAGCUGCAGAAGGAGAAGAGAGUCACAGUCCUCGAGCAGAAUGGGGAAAAGAUUGUGAAGUUCGCCCGGGGCCCACAUGCCAAGGUCUCUCCUGUCAACGACGUCGAUGUUGGGGUGUACCAGCUGAUGCAGAGUGAACAGCUGCUCUCGUGCAAGGUGGAGUCCUUAUCCCAGGAAGCAGAGAGGUGUAAAGAAGAGGCCCGCCGGGCAUGCCGAGCAGGAAAGAAACAGCUGGCGCUGAGGUCCCUCAAGGCCAAGCAACGGACGGAGAAGCGCAUUGAGGCCCUGCAUGCCAAGCUGGACACUGUGCAAGGCAUCCUGGACCGGAUCUAUGCCUCGCAGACGGACCAGAUGGUUUUCAACGCGUACCAGGCGGGCGUAGGAGCGCUCAGGCUCUCGAUGAAGGAUGUCACCGUGGAGAAGGCAGAGAGCCUUGUGGAUCAGAUCCAGGAGCUGUGUGACACCCAGGACGAAGUUUCUCAGACUCUGGCUGGCGGGGUAGCCAAUGGCUUAGAUUUUGACAGUGAGGAGCUGGAGAAGGAAUUGGACAUCCUUCUUCAAGACACCACCAAAGAACCCCUGGACCUGCCUGAGAGGCAUCAUACCGAUGGAGUGUCUGGCCACAGGGUCUCAGACGCUGAACUUGAAGCUGAACUUGAGAAACUGUCCUUAUCAGAGGGAGGUUUGGUCCCAAGCAGUAAAUCUCCAAAAAGGCAGUUGGAACCGACACUCUAAAGCCAUCAUAGGACCCUCGAGGGAAGGACCCUCAUGUGAAAGAGAGACUAGACUUGUGUGUGUACAUAGUUAUUUAAAUGAGAAGCUCUCAAAAUUUGUUGGGGAUGAGGAGGAAGGAGAACUACUCUGAUUUAUCUGGAUACAGCCACUUACUACAGGACAAUAGGAUUCCGGGAGGCGUGCUCCCAAGGCCUGCUCCCAGCCGGCGCCGUGGACCUGCCUUCUCACCUUUAGUGCCACCGUUUGUCCAGUUCUGUGUGUGACCUGUCGUCUCUCAUAGCCUGCAGUUCUUGCCAUUGGCUCAGUUAGGUUUGUCUUCACCCACCAGCUUUGUUCCAGCCAACGAAGGUGGAAAAUUUGCCAAAUCAAACAGUGUCCUUUUCCCCCAUGUCCACUGUGUUGUAGAGGAACCGACUCUGAGGUCAGCUGAACGACUUGUUCCGGUUUUCCUCUGUCUCCAGUGAUACUGAGAAGAACGAGAACCACAUAGCUGUCGCUUUAUGGAGAUACAUACAGUGUAAACGAUUUUUCUCGGGGGUCAUUUGUCACAUUCUCCAGGUGUUCCAAAAGAGAUGUUAUCCCCACAGGGCUCAGCGCCAUGACAGUUGGAGGAUGCAGUGUCUCUUCCAUUUCAUGCAGAGAAAGAGAAUGCUGACUGGAGAAAGGGUUAUUCUUGGUCUUUGAACUUAAUGGGGAGAAGCCCAGGUGGCUGCGGGGCCCCAAGUGUCCAAACCCCAUGUGCACAUCUUCGCCUGGCCCCCUCCAUGGAGUAACGUAAAUGUGUCAGAACCAGCCACACAACAGCACACCUCCCCUUGAGCCUGGCACCCAACAGGUUCUUUGUUUGAAUUUCAGAAGCAUUUACUUUGGAGCCCAUUGCUCGGGGCGGGGCAUCUGAGCCAGGAUGUGCACUAGAAGCAGAAGAUUGUGGCCUCCGUCAUGCCUGCUGUGUGCUCCCCCGGCCCUGCUCUGCGCCUGCCCCCGCUUCCCAGAGUUCCCUCUUCCUCCUUUGAAGAGUUGGGGAGGAUGGUGCCGGGGGCAGACGGGAGAGGGUCUGAAUGCUCUGGAAAUGGACAAGGGAGAUGACAGCCGCACUGCCACUCUGCUGCCGCCGUACAGGUGUUCCUGCCUGGCGCCCUUCGCCCUGGCCUUCCUGCUUGAGGUGCUGUGGAGCAGACGGCAAGAAUUUGCUCCAGGCCAGGAGCACGAAUCACUGUUCAACAAAUUUCUCUCCUACUUGACCUUGGUAAACUGACAUGUUGGGGGUGAAGAGAAACAAUCACUAUUUUUUCUUUUUUAUCUGGUAAAUAAUUAAAAGAAAACACGAAUGCUGGUUCUUGACUCUUAA